CCCCAUGCCCCCCCCGGGGCCGCGCUGCCCCUGAGCCCCGCAGCAGCUGCAGCCCGUUUCCCGGAGGCAGUGGCGCAGGUGUGGGACCAGAAAGAUGUUCUCGGCUCUGAAGAAGCUGGUGGGCUCGGACCAGACGCCGGGCAGAGACAAGAAUAUCCCUGCGGGGCUGCAGUCCAUGAACCAAGCUCUGCAGAGGAGGUUUGCCAAGGGAGUCCAGUAUAACAUGAAAAUUGUCAUCCGAGGGGACAGGAACACUGGGAAAACCACACUUUGGCACCGAUUGCAGGGGAAGAAAUUUAUUGAGGAAUAUAUUCCAACUCAGGAGAUCCAAGUCACCAGCAUCCACUGGAAUUAUAAAACCACUGACGAUAUUGUUAAAGUUGAAGUCUGGGAUGUAGUUGACAAAGGAAAAUGCAAAAAACGAGGAGAUGGUUUGAAACUGGAAAAUGACCCUCAGGAGGCAGAGUCAGAAAUGGCUCUGGAUGCAGAGUUCCUGGAUGUCUAUAAGAACUGCAAUGGUGUAGUGAUGAUGUUUGACAUCACCAAGCAGUGGACAUUUAACUAUAUUCUAAGGGAGCUUCCCAAAGUGCCGACCCACGUUCCAGUGUGUGUGCUGGGGAAUUACCGGGACAUGGGGGAGCACCGGGUCAUCCUGCCUGGUGAUGUGCGGGACCUCAUCGACAGCCUGAACAGGCCUCCUGGUUCCUCUUAUUUUCGCUAUGCUGAGUCUUCCAUGAAGAACAGCUUUGGCCUCAAGUACUUGCACAAGUUCUUCAACAUCCCCUUCUUGCAGCUGCAGAGGGAGACGUUGCUACGGCAGCUGGAGACGAAUCAGCUGGAUAUUGAUGCAACUUUGGAGGAGCUGUCGGUGCAGCAAGAGACAGAAGAUCAGAACUACGAACUCUUCCUUGAAAUGAUGGAAGCCCGAAGUCGAGGCCACACGUCGCCACUAGCAACGAAUGGGCAAAGCCCCUCCUCUGGCUCCCAGUCACCCAUAGUCCCUCCAAGCUCCACAUCCACAGGCAGCUCCAGUCCUGGCACCCUACAGCUCUCCACAAGCUCCACCAUCUCUUCUGAACCUCCCCCAUCUUUCUCACCAGUGCCUGCACCUGAGGCCCAGCAGCCACAUGCGCCUCCACCAGCGACCCCCUCCCCAGCCCCUCCAGCUGCAGCCCCAGCACCAAAGCGCAGCAUCAUUUCACGUCUCUUUGGGACAUCCCCUGCAUCAGACCCUGCUCCUCAGCCAGAUCCCGCUGCCGCCACGCCUCCCCCCCACCCUGAAGCCCCUGCAAAAGUACAGAGUGUGGAAGACUUUGUUCCUGAUGACAGCCUGGACCACAGCUUCCUAGAGGACCCAGCCCCACAGAGGGACAGGGGGAAACCGCAGCCAAAACAUCGCAUGGACAGUGAGAGUGAUGGAGAGGUGCCUGGGGGGAACCCCAUGGUGGCAGGUUUCCAGGAUGACCUGGAUCUCGAUGACAGAAUCCCCAGCAGACCUGUGCCAGCAGCUGAACGGGUGCCCAGCAAGAAUGUCACCCUCUCCAGUGAGGAGGAGGAAGAGCUGAAGGACUCUAAAGUUGUCCUCAUACCUGAUAAGGACAUGGACACAGAGCAGGAAAAAAAAAGGUCUUCCAGAAAUUCUCUGAAACCACAGAGUGAAGCUGUUCUGACCAAAGCAACUGACUCGAAGCCUCCUGACAGUUUACCUCCACAUGCUGGGCCUGAAAGAAACAGCAGCAGCAAGGUCAACACUAGCCUGCCAGCUGCUGCCACUGCCACCCCAGCAGUCCAGGCCCCAAAGACCACUUCCCAAAGCAAAGGACAUGCUCUCAAGCAGAAAGUGGUCAAAGACGAGGAGCCUGAGGAGUCUGACAGUGACCAAGAGGGACCAAUAGCUACUCAGAUGCUCUCAUUUGUUAUGGAUGACCCAGACUUCGAAAGUGAGGAUUCUGAUAGCCAGAAGAAGAAAAUGGAUGAAUUCCCAGUCCGGGAAGAUCUCUCUGAAAUAUCUGAUGAUGAUACCUCGUUGGCAAAGCCACCCCAACCUGUGAAAUCAACAGUCCACUCCUUUAAACUGAAAAAUGACUCAGAUCUCUUUGGUUUGGGUUUGGAGGAAACUGGUCCCAAGGAGAGCAGCGAGGAAGGUAAAAAUAAACAGCCUUCUAAGGAGAAAAAGAAGAAGAAAAAGAAGAGCAAAGAGGAAGAGGAGAAGUCCGUGAAAAAGAAGAGCAAACACAAGAAAAGCAAAGAGAAGGAGGAGAGCAAAGAGGAGAAAGAUAAAAAGAAAAAGAAAAAGAAGAGCAAGGAGAAAAACAAUGAGAUAGAUGAACUUGAGGCUUUUCUUGGAGGAGGAGGAGCCAGCAUGAGCAAGCCACGAGGAGGAGGGGACUAUGAGGAGCUGUAG